UUUGUUUUUGUUGUUUUUUUCUCCUAGCAGGUGGGGUUGGUUUAUUAAUUAACCAGAAUUCAGUGAUGGAGUGAGCAGAUUUUGGAGAAAAACCAAACACACUACACUAAAAAUCAAUCAAAACUGUCACAAACGCAAGAAGAAACGUGUCAUGCAGUAGCUGCACCCCAAACUGUUUGAACAAAGUACGAAACCAAACCAAGUGAUCGAUCAUCACUUGUUUUUGUCUUCGCACGUUGCUUUCGUUUCCUUGUACAUAUGUACACAAUCUUCUCCUACAAUCGUGCUCUUUUGGUCCUAAAUCAAAUUAUGCAGCACAGAUCUCAUUCAUUGUCCCACUGAUUUCGCUAUGUGCAAGUGGGGGGGAAGAGAAGACUCCACUUUCCUUUCAUUUUCCUUGAUUGACCCGAAUCUCCUUCAAGGAAAGUAAAGAUCUCUUUUCAAAAGGGUUGAUUCGGAUUGCAUGGUACCGAGAGUUUUUGUUUUUUAUGCUUUAUAACCCGCAUUGGUUUCAUCAAUGUAUGGUUUUGUGAAUGAUUCUGUUUGCGGAAACAUGGCAUUGGCUUUUGGUUCUCUGAGGGUUUUCAUCUGCAGCUAUGUGCUCUAUUCGUUUGGGUUGAUACAAAGAUACAUCAUCAGGUUUUUUCAUGGAGGUGAUCCGAAAAGCGAGGUUAUUGUUCCGGAACCAUUGUCACUAGAAGAUGAAUCAGAGAGGUACCAGAUUCCUGGUUUUGGAGAAGAGCUGGCUAAUUUUCUGUUUUGGAGUGAAGAUUUUCAUGGAGGAAGUGAAGAGAGGGGUGGGGAAACAGAGUGCUCUGCUUUCUUGGAGAAUAUUCCUGAAGAAAUUGAGGAAAUAGAUGGAGAAACAGAGUUCUCAGAUUGCCACUCUGAAAUUUGUGAAGAUGAUAUGGAUAGUGGAAAAGAGGAAAAUGAAUCUGAUAUCAUGGAGAGUGAUGCUGCUAACUCUGUUGUUCAUGAUGAUGGUAAGGAAAAUGGUGGAGAAACAGAGGAGUUUGUUUCCAUGGAAAACAACUCUGAUGUUCAUGAAGAUGGUAAGGAAAUAGAUGAAGAUGAAACAAAGAGUUCUGUUACUAUUGAGAAUGUCUCUAAUCUUCAUCGUGAUAGUAUGAGGAAAGAAGAAGAAAAAGAUGAAGAAAUAGGAGGAGCUAUUAUAGUUCAGAAUUACUCUGAUGUCCAUGAAGAUGGAGUGGAAAUUGUUGAAAAUGAAACAGAUUGCUCUGUUUUCAUGGAGAAUGUCUCUGGUGAAAAUGAAAAUGUCAACAAAUUAGAUGAAUAUGAAACAGAGAGCUCUGUUUUCAAGGAUCAUGAGCCUAAUCUCCAUGAUGAAGGCAAGGGAGAUGAAGAAACAGAGAAGUUUUCAGGUAGAGAAGCUAUCAGUGCCUUCAUGGAAGAGCCAACAACAUUAAGAUUCAGUUUUCGAGACUUUUACAUGAGUCCAGCUGUUUCAUCCGCUUCUGAUGACUCAUAUGCCAAUGCUGAAAUUGUUGCUGAUAAGGAGUUUUCAGAGCUUGAUUCAGAGAAAGACAGUGUAGCAGCUCAAGAAGAAGAAGUGGAAUCUGUUCAAGAGCAGUUUUCACUCCCUUCCACCACUAUUCCACUUCACUUUGGGAAUGAAGUGUUUGGUGAAACUGAUUCAUCAGAUGAAGAUUACUUCCUUUUCAAUGAAAACUCAGUAACAUCUGAUUCAGAGUCAGAAUCAUCUAGCUCAAGUGGUCUAAUCUGGGGCAUCAGUGACAAAAUCGAUGAUUCAAUUUCAUACCAGUUUCUGGGUGGUAAAAUUGUCGGUGAAGGAUUUGAGCCUGAGAUUCUGAAGCUUAUUAUGAGAGAGGAAAGACCAGAGGAUAUGGAUGAAAAGCAAUCUUCACUUGAUAGAAAUUUUUCAGAAUUUGGAUUUCAUGGUGUUUAUUCUGAAGAUGGGUAUAUUGAAAUAGAACCUGGCAUGAAGAGCUUUAAGUCAUUGAAUGUGCAUGAUUUUGGUGAUGUACCAGAAUCUGAUGAGCAAGAUGAGGAUGAUUUUGAAUGGGAGCAUGAGGAUAUAGUGGAACAGCUGAAAGUGGAACUGAGAAAUUCAAGGCAAGGAGGACUUCCCACAAUCAUAGAAGAUGAAGAGGAUGAGGAAACUGAGUCCCCAAAAGUGGUUGAAAAACUAAGACCACUGAAAAUUGAAGAGAAGCUCGAAUACAAGGAUCAAAUUGCUGAAAUUGAAAAGGUUUACAAGAUCUAUGCAGAGAAAAUGCGGAAACUGGAUAUCUUGAAUUACCAGACCAUGCAUGCAUUAGGUCUUCUUCAUCUAAAAGACCCUCUUAAAUCAAUUUCAAUACCAAAAUCCACCAUCUCAGGUGCUAAGCCUGUAAUCUCUCAGAAUUUGUGGCCACGCAAAGCGGCAAAGAACAUAUCUGACCCACUGCUUAAGCUUGUUCAUGACCUGCAUAGAGAUUUGGAACUGGUUUAUGUCGGGCAGGUUUGCCUCUCCUGGGAAAUCCUGUGUUGGCAACACCAGAAAGCCAUUGAAUUGCAAGAGUAUGAUUCACAAGGGUCUCACAGGUACAACCAUGUUGCUGGUGAGUUUCAACUUUUUCAAGUCCUGGUGCAGAGAUUCAUAGAGAAUGAACCAUUUCAAGGUGGCCCUAGGAUUCAGAAUUAUGUCAAGAACCGUUGCGUGAUUCGGAACCUGCUCCAAGUUCCAGCCAUUAAAGAUGAUAGUAAAGGGGGUGAGGAGGAGGAUGCUAUUGCAAGUGGAAGGUUAGAAGAUAUCAUCAAGGAAUCCAUGAGAGUGUUCUGGGAAUUUGUCCGCGCAGAUAAAGAUUAUGGGAAUGUGGUUCUUAAAGUUCCUAAGCAUAUUGGAACUGAUCUCAAAGACCCGGCAAUUUCAAAUCUUCUCGUGGAUAUUCGAACGCAAUUACAAAAGAAGGAGAAAAAGCUCAAGGACAUUGUGAGAAUUGGGAAUUGCAUAGUGAAGAAGUUCCAAAAGCACCAUGAGGAUCCACUUGAUCAUGAGCAGCUAGUAGCUCAGGUUGGGUUGAGAUUGAUUUCAAGGGUGGUAAACGUGUCAAAGUUGAGAAAAGAACAGAUAAUAUGGUGCCAUGAAAAAUUGCACCGAAUCAAAUUUUUGAGCAGGAAGAUCGUCCAGAAAAGGAGGGGGAGAAGAAAUGAAAGCAGUGGUGCAGUGAGUGAGUGGCUUGCAUCAUAGUUAUGGAUUCUGAAGAAGUGUUGGAUAAAACCAAAUGUUAAUAUGUCUACUAUGGUGUUAAAAAUUUGUGCUCCUCAAUUCUCCUUUUGAAACAUGUACUUUCUAUGGGUGUGGAUGAAUAGAGGUUGACUCACGAACAUUAUCGCCCAAACACUAUAUCAAUUCUGGUUUUUGGUUUACAGAUGUUCAAAUUAGUGAACCCAAACCGAAACAAGCUUCAUACAUUGAGUUUUCUAAAUCAGCUUUGACAAUCCUCUUCUAUUUUAAUUUCACCCUAGCCCUAUCCCUUGGCUCCUCACUCAUCAUCUACCACCCUCACCCUCUCUGUCUCCUUCAGCCACCAGAUCCGCCUCCCUCCACCUUUGCCACUCGAUCUCACUGUCGCACUACCGCCUCAUUGGUGCUCUAUUGUGAGCCGCACCCCCCAUUGUAGCUUUGUCGCAAGUUGCACCCUUCAUCCUAGUUUGGCUACAAGUCAUCGCCCUACAACUACUCCGUCGCGAGUCGCCGACCUAUUGCAGUUCUUCCAUGAGCAGUUGCACCACUUCCGCUUCGUCGCCAUGUUUUGUAUAGAGUCUCUAAUGACUUGACUUUUAGAUCUCCAAACACAUUUAGCCUGAGAGACAUCACCGAUCAUGCUCAAUCUUUGAACUCCAAACUCGUUUAACUAUGUUUUGCAUUAAUCUUAUGGUUAGAAGUGUAGUCACAACUCUCGAAUCUCGGUAAAAUCAUCGAUCAUCGGCUAGUCAAUUAAUUGAUAGAGCUAGAUUUCCAAUUCUGGUCGAUGAUGCAUCAACACACAAGAAGAGAAGAUAUGUUGUUUGAUGACCGCACAAAUAAGUUGAAAAACAUGAGAU